UCAACCGGAAGUAAACAAACAGCGCUAGCAGCGUUAGCUCUGGCCCCCGUAUGUGGACACACGGCUGUUCAUUGUGUCGUAGGUGUAUAUAAUAUUCCAACGAAGCAGCGAUGUCUUCGCUUCAGUAUUUGAGAGGUUUAAUCAGCGAGCGACUAACUGCAGCCGCGGAGGAAAUUUUCCGAGCCUUUGAGCAAACAAUCGGCGAGUACGAGGAAGAGGUGGAUCGUCAGCGCAGACUGUUGCAGAGCGUUGGGAAACGUCGGCGAAAGUUACAGCGGACAGAGCUUCCACGGAAAUAUGUUUUUCAGGAGGAGGAGGUUCUCACUGAGCUGCAGCUCUGUCACCAGGAGAGGAACUCCAGUCUGGACCAGGAAGAAUCAGAGUUUCUACAGAUUAAAGAGGAAGAGGAGGAAAUCUGCACCAGUCCAGAGGGAGAAAAAAACAUGUAUGAGUACGAGGUAGAGGUGGAUCAUCAGGGCGGACUGGACAAAGUGGAGAUCCUUUGGAAACCCGAAGAAAAGUUACAGCAGAGAGAGUUUCCACAGCAGAAUGUCUAUAAUGAAGAGGAGGUUCUCACUGAGCAGCAGCUCUGUAACCAGAAGAGGAACCCCAGUCUGGACCAAGAGGAAUCAGAGUCUCUACAGAUUAAAGAGGAAGAGGAGGAAAUCUGUAUCAGUCAGGAGCAGCUUGAACUGAAGCCAGAGGCUGAUACCUUUAUGUUGACUUCCGAUAAUGAAGAAAGUGAUUACAUGGAACCAGACAGUGAUCAUCAGCUCCUCUCUCCGGUAUCUGAAAGUUCAGAUCAGACAGGAAGCAAACACAUGGACUCUGUAUUGUCUAGAAAUGCAGAGUCAAAGCCACAUAAGAAACUUUACAAAAAGAGAAGUUACAGCUCUCACACAUCAAAGUACAAGUCUAAAACCCAAACAUAUAAAAAGCCUUUUAAAUGUGUCACGUGUGGAAAGAAAUUUGCAUCUAAUUAUCAGUUGAAUUUACAUCUGAGAGUCCACACAGGAGAGAAACCGUUCCCUUGCAAUACAUGUGCCAAGUGUUUUAGAACCAAACCUGAAAUGUUGAGUCACAUGAGAACUCACACGGGCGAGAAGCCGUACUCGUGCGAAACAUGCGGAAUGCGUUUCCGACACCUAAAGACUUUCAAUAGCCACAAAAGAACUCACACGGGUGAGAAGCCCUACAUUUGCAGCGUAUGCAAGAGUUGCUUUGCACGUAAAGAUUAUUUGAUGAAGCACAUGGGGAUUCACACGGGCGAAAAGCCCCAUAUUUGCAACGUCUGUGAGAAAUGCUAUCGGCAAAAAUCGGACUUGACGGUCCACAUGAGAACUCACACGGGCGAGAAGCCGUACCACUGCAGCACCUGUGGAAACUCUUUUCGGGACGGGUCGUAUUUUAAAAAGCAUUUGCAGAAGCAUUUUACAAUUCCAGAAAAGUUUGUUAACGGAGCAGCGAUGUCGUCGAUCGGGUAUUUGAGGGAUUUAAUCAGCGAGCGACUAACUGCUGCUGCCGAAGAAAUAUUCCGAGCCUUUGAAAAAACCGUGGUGGAGUACGAGGAGGAGGUGGAUCGUCAGCGCAAACUGUUGGAGAUCGCAUGGAAACCUGAAGUAAAGUUAGAGCGGAUAGAACUUCCACGGCGUGAUGUUCUUACUGAAAAGGAGAUUCUUAUGGAAAAGUAUGUUCUCACUGAGCAGCAGCUCUGUAACCAGGAGAUGAACUCCCGUCUGGACCAAGAGAAACCAGAGUCUCUACAGUUUAAAGAGGAGCAGAGGGAAAUGUGCAUCAGUCUGGAGGGAGAACUGCUUGAACUCAAGCAGGAGGCUGAUGCCUUUAUAUUGACUCCUGAUGCUGACCACCAGCUCCUCUCUCCUGUGGCUGACAGUCAAGAUCAGACUGGAAGCAAAAAUGUGGACUCUGUGUUGACAAGAAAUGCAGAGUCGGAGGCACAUGAGAGACGUCAUAAAAGGAGACGCCACAGGAAAAAAGUAGACAACUCUCACACACGUGAGAAGCUUUUUAAAUGUGACACUUGUGGGAAGAAAUACGAGUUCAAGUAUCAAUUAAAUUCACACAUACGACUCCACACGGGAGAGAAACCAUACUCUUGCAACACGUGUGGCAAAUGUUUCAGGGUGAAACCUGAAAUGAUGGAACACGUCAGAAUUCACACGGGAGAGAAGCCGUUCCACUGCGACAUAUGUGGACAGUGUUUCCGAAAGAGGCUGACUCUGAAAGUACACAAAAGACUUCACACGGGCGAGAAGCCCUAUUCCUGUGAGACGUGCGAGAAGUGUUUCCGACAUAGACAUAGCUGGAUAAACCACAAAAGAACUCACACGGGCGAGAAGCCCCACGUUUGUGACGUUUGUCAGAAGUGCUUCAGUCGGGAGGAUAAUUUGAUGACACACAAACGCAUACACACGGGCGAAAAGCCCUAUAUUUGCAACAUUUGCAACAAGCCUUUCAUGCGUAAAGAGGGCCUGACGAGCCACAUGAUUAUCCACACGGGUGAAAAGCCAUUUACAUGUGAAACAUGUGGAAAGUGUUAUCGACAUCAGUCGACUUUGAGAGCACACAAAAGAACUCACACCGGUGAAAGGCCUUUGUAAUUUUUGUACGCAGAGGUAACUUUAGCACCUGUCAAUUUUAAAAAGCAUUUACAUAUCCAUUUCAAACUUUAUGAAAAGGUUUUACACCUCAUGUCACCUUUGUUGGAAAAGGUUGCUUUGAGAAUCAUUUAAACACAUAAGAAACCAUUGAGGCAAAAACUUCAGUGUUUGUGUUUAUUGAUCAUCAGCAGUGUCUUAUUUUCAUCAUUGACAUUAUUUACAGUAUUUCUUUUAAACAUUUAUCAUAGUCUGUUUUUUUUACACCAACUGUGUAACUAUUAUUGUCGUCCUGUCAAUUAAAGUCUCACUUCUCA